AUGGCCGUCGUCGGAGCAGUGGCGGUAGCGGCGGGGGCGGCGGCGUUUGUGUAUUACACGGGUUUUGCCGAGUCACCGCUCUUCCCGCGCUUGCGCCGCAGAAAGGACGGCUCGGAGUCGGGGGGAUCCGACAGCGACCGCGUCCACGGCAGCGGCGGGGGAAGCGGAGGCCGCCGGGAGGGAUGGCGGAAGCGGCGGCGGUCGGUGGGCCUCCGCGGGCCGGACCGGCCGCCCGCCACCCUGGCGGAGACGGCUGCGAUGCUGGCGGCGGCCGUGCGGUUCCUGUUCGUGGAGACGCUGGGCAAGUGGCCCCUCACGGACCUGCUCUUCGGCGUCGCGUUCCUGCUGCGCCGCCGCAAGGUGCGCUGCUCGGGGCGACGGGUGGCGCUGGGAAGAAUUAGGGAGGGACAUGGGGUGAAGGAGGGGGGCAGGGCGGGCGCGAAGCGGGACGGCGUGAAGCCGCCUCGCUUGGUUGAGACAGGCCGGGCGAGAGGGGAAGAGGGGGGUGGCACGGGAAAGGAAGUGAUGGGGAAGAGAGGCAAAAAGUAUUACACGCUCGUGCCCUUGCCCUUGCCUUACCAUCCCACCUCCACAACCACGCGCUCUCCUCUUCUGCGCUCCCAUCGCCCUCUCCGCUCUUCCCCCCGCCCGCCUGUCCCGCCCCUGCAGCGCGCGGACGUGUCGCGCAUGUACGCGCGCGAGGCGGUGGCGCGGCUGCGGGGCGCGUGGCGGGCGCGGGAGGUGGAGAUGGUGGCGGAGUACGUGGCGCUGUGCUACUCCUUCUCGCGCAAGCCCUACCGCCUCUUCCUCGAGGACUCGCGCCUCUCGCCUUCUGACGUCCUCAUCUACGAGCCCAAGGCCGGGCUGCUGAAGCCAGCGUUUGCGGUGAUAGUGGAUGGGAGGCGGCGCACGGUGCUGGUGGUGGUGCGGGGCACGCACUCCACCAAGGACAAGCUCACCUGUGCCACGGGCGCCGUCGUGCCCUUCCACCACACCAUCAUGACGGACGGGGGCGUGCGCCACAUUGUGCUUGGCUACGCGCACUGCGGCAUGGUCGCCGCUGCCCGAGCCAUUGCUGCGCGCUGCCUGCCCACUCUCCGACAGGCCCUCGCUCGCCACCCAGGCUUCCAUGUCAAGGUGAUCGGGCACUCGCUGGGUGGCGCCACGGCGUCGCUGCUGACGUUCAUUCUGCGCGAGAAGGAGGGCUUCGCCUCCACCACCUGCGUUGCCUUCGGCCCUGCGGCGGCCAUGACAUGGGAGCUGGCGCAGUCGGGCGAGUGCUGUGUGACGUCCAUCGUCAACGGCACGGACUUCAUCCCCACGCUCUGCUCCAGCUCGCUCGACGACCUCAGGCAAGAGGUAACGCCCUGCCCUGCCAUGGCCUCGCCUCCAUGCACGUGUAGCAGCAUCACUGCAAGGCGCUCUCUCUCAAGGUGUUCACUGUCGCUUGCUUUGCAUGCUUGCACCUGCAGCAUGCAGAAACACUCAGCAGCAGCGGGUGUGCAGGCAGGCAGUGCGGGGGAGGGCGCGCGGUGGUGGCGGCAGGACGUGGCGGAGGCCAUCGUGGUGGGCGACGCCAAGAGGGGCGUGGAGUCCCGCCACGCCUCCGACGGCAGGCUGCCCCACACGCUCGCCCACGCUCUCGACAUGCGCGCUGGCAGUGAUGGCGCGGCACACAUGUGCGCGCAGGGCGCGGCGGAUGGCGAGGUGGUGCUGGUGGCAGCUGAGCCGCAGGUCAUGGUGGAGCGCGGCGCGGGCAUGGGGCGCGAUGGCGGCAGUGCUGCUGGGCGCGAUGCGGAGGGCGCGGGGAACAGUGAUGGGCACAUGGAAGAGGCUAAUGUGCUGGGGGGCUCAGGAAAGUGGGUGAAGCACAGCGAUGAUGUGGAGGGGCUGGCAGUACUGCUCAAGGCCAUGGAGGAGGGUGGGGAAGGGGAGGGCGCUGACGGCGAGGAGGAUCGCGACGACAGCUUCAGGGACGCAGUGGGGUGCGAGGGCGAGGCAAGCUUCUCAGGGGACAGCUGGCGCAGCCACAGCGGGGGCCUCUCAUGGGCCGUGAUGGAGCAGCAGCUGCAGGAGCGGCUGGAGGCGAGCACUCGCGCGUCCAAGAGCGAGGAGGAGGCGGCGGUGUCAGCGGCGGUGGUGCAGGACAUCCUGAGAGAGGAGGAGGAGGUGGCGAGCCAGGUGGCGGGCGACGAGCGGGACGUGCUGGAGCCGCUGGUGGCAGGCGCCGUGGACAGCAGUGGCGACGUGCCCGAGGCCAUGCGCACGGACCCCCGGCGGUGGUUCCCGUGUGGGCGCAUGGUGCACCUGCUGCGCAACGAGGACCCCGAUGAACACCGUGAAGGCAGCACGGGUGCGGGGGAGGAGCGAGAGGGGGAGGAGCAGCGCAGCAGCAGGGAUGGUGAUGCGCAUGUGGUGUCGGACUCGGUCCAUGAAGGCAGUGCUGGUGCUGGCAGCGCUGUGGGUAGUGCAGGGGGGAGUGGUGGCGCUGGGGGAGGGCCUCUCAAGGCAGGGCGGCAGCAGGGGAGGAAGCGAGGCAAGUGGAAGGCAGGGAUGUUUGAGACGCCACGGCAUGUGUACUCAAGCAUCAAGCUGACUGGAUCAAUGAUUCAGGACCAUCUCAUGAUGAACUACCGCCGCACACUGCUGGAGGUGGCAAGGGAGCUGGAGCAGGACGACGAGGAGGUGAUGGAUGAGGAGUACGGGGACGACGAGGAGUGCACCUUCAACUGUGGAUGA